UAUUCUGUGCUGUGGAGAGGAAAUGGUUAUUGAAAACCGAAGAAAAAAGCUAAGCGAUAAACAGGCUGAAACCGCAAACUGCGUUGGUGACUGGUAAUAUAUUAUAGCAUGAACUUUUCGACGGACAGUUUGUAGGUUCUUAAGACAUAGCGAAACACGAUUAGCUACUUUUGGAGGUGAGAAGAAAGGCAUACAAUGCCGUGGGAGCGCUUUUUGUCAUCUUCGGCUCUCCUUGCUCUUCCUCAUUUACCGACUGCGUGAGGACGGACUCAAAACAAGAAACUACUGUAUCGAUAACUGAAGCUAGCUAUAACCUGAACACGUGCUAAUUUACAAUGGCGGAUAGCGUGGGAGAGGUUGCUAAUGGUGAAAUUGGGUUAGGUGUUGGUAGUCAGGGAAAUGGAGCUCCGCUGUUGCCGAGUUUGGGUAAUUCUCUGCCGGGCCACUCGACGAGUGGAGCUAACCCGGCCUCGCCAUCCCCAGCAGCGGCUGCGGAGACUGGCCUAGCCGUCAUGGCCCCUGGAGCCGCAACUACCUCAGCCAUGGGGACUGGGAGCGGGUUUGGAGGUGCAGGUACUCUUAGCGCGGUAGUGGGCUCUGCCAUUCCAAUACCCACCUACUCGGCCACCAAUGCUCUGCCGGGCGGUAUCGGUUUGGGGGUGGCCGGAGCGGGCCUCUUGUCCCAGAUUCACGCAACGUCCUGGGACCCAACACUGAGUACCGACUGGGACAACGAGAAGACGUCCCAGCAAUGCAUUCUCCGAAUCAAAAGGGAUAUAAUGUCCAUCUACAAGGAGCCUCCCCCGGGUAUGUUUGUAGUUCCUGACCCUCACGACAUGACUAAGAUCCAUGCCCUCAUCACAGGACCCUUCGACACGCCCUACGAGGGAGGCUUCUUCCUCUUUCUGUUCCGCUGCCCCCCGGACUACCCCAUCCACCCCCCACGGGUCAAGCUCAUCACCACUGGCCAAAACACUGUGCGCUUCAACCCCAACUUUUACCGCAACGGCAAAGUAUGCCUCAGCAUCCUCGGGACUUGGACAGGGCCAGCAUGGAGCCCGGCCCAAAGCAUCUCCUCAGUUCUGAUCUCCAUCCAGUCUCUGAUGACUGAGAACCCUUACCACAAUGAGCCAGGCUUUGAACAGGAGAGACACCCGGGGGACAGCAAAAACUACAAUGAGUGCAUCCGCCAUGAGACCAUGCGUGUGGCUGUAUGUGACAUGCUGGAUGGGAAGGUGCCCUGUCCAGAAGCCCUGUGGAGUGUGAUGGAGAAAUCAUUCCUGGAGUACUAUGACUUCUACGAGGGGGUCUGCAAAGAGAGACUACACCAACAGGGACAGAACAUGCAGGACCCUUUUGGAGAGAAGAGGGGUCGCUUCGAUUACCAGGGCCUACUGGCACGCUUGAGUGCCACCCAGAGGCGCAUACGGGAGAAGUGCCCACCGGAGGACAACGAUGAGCACUCGGACUCGGACACCAGCUCCUCAGGCACAGACCCAGAUAGCCAGGGCAGCUCCCAGCCUUAGCCACCAGAUGGCGCCACACUACUAUUUUUCUGUUUCUCCCUUUCUGUUUUUGCAGGAUGGUUUUGGCACAAGCGAGAUGUUGGAGGGGGGGAAAGGCUUGAUAUCAGGAAGCACUUAUGAUACAAAGGCAGGGGAUAGCUAAUGACUGUUUUGAUUGGUUCUUUUUCCUUCCCCUGCAAUCAUAAGUGCCUUUUGAUUUAAUUAUUUGUGUUUAUUUUUCAACUGUUGUGAGUAAACAAUGCUAGUGUUGAGGGAGUUUGGCUUGUAGAAAUGGACACUAGUUGUUUUGAAAGCAAUUUGUCAUAUUCUGCCUUUAGUUGUCUUGUUUUCCCACGCCUGAUUGAAUUAGGAAGUAGAGGGGAAAUCUGAGAUUGCCCAUUCUCAAUAUUCAGUCAGUACAACCACAUCGAUCGUAUAAAUCAGAUCACCAACUUCUAUUCUUUCAUACAUCGGUACAUACACCUGACUAUCCACUUCUAAAGUCCCAUUGUCUCUUAUGAUCUUUCCUUUAUCUGAACAGUACUUAAUACAAUUAUGAAAAGUCAUAAUUACGUUAUGAAUUCAUAAUGAAUUGCAUUUGUUUUAAAAAAUCAUUUAAACUCCACUAAUGCCUAGUACAAAAUAUGUACAGUUGUGGCCAAAUAUGUAGGCACCUUUGCACUUUACAGUGGAACAGAUUGUACUAGUGGUUAAAGCUUUGAGGCCAGUAACUGAAAGGUUGCUGGAUUGAAUCCCCGAGCUGACAAGGUAAAAGUCUGUCAUUCCCCCCUCCACACCUCUCUGAUUCAGAGGGGUUGGGUUAAAUGGGGGACACACAUCUCAGUUGUACAACUGACAAGGUAUCCCCCUUUCCCUUUAAUAUUUCUUAUUUUCAAAACUGGUUGGGUGGCUAUUUUUUUUUUUACCCUGUAGGCACUUGCAAUUUAUGACAAGUGAGGAAAAAUUACACAUCACUUGCCUCCAACCAAAUUUAUUAGAAUUCCAAUAAUGACUUUAAAAUCAAAAUUUCAGUUUUGAUAAAAACAUGUCUUGGUCCUGUGCAGAUGUAAAUCAAACAAAUAUAGGUGUGAACUUAUUUGAUAAGAAAAUAGUGAAUCGUUCAAGGGUGCCAAUAUAUUUGUCUGUGUGUGUAUAUGUGCGCACAGCGAGAGAUUUUAUUAUGGUCUGUGGGCAGUGUCUUCAAAUAAUUUUCUGUUGACCGAAUGCUAAAGCCUGCAUGGGAAGGUUUUUUUUCUCCCCUAUGCAUGACAACAAUGCUCUCUGAAUCAAUGUUUGAUGUGUAUGAUUAUCAUUGAGCUAUAAUGUUGUAGGUUAAGCUUUUUCAAGAGAUGGUUUUCUUCUCUGAUGCUAAAAUGCUGGUAGACACUAAUAGGAAUGCCAAGAAAGCCAGAUUUGCCAUUUGACCUGUCCCAUUAAACCAAUGCAACGUUUUCCAUUGCAUUUUUCAUUGGAAGGCAGUGGACUGGUGCCUCUUCAGCUCCAUUUAGCAGAGUCGGCCGUUACCAAACAGUCACAGACCUGUGUUAGACCUCCAUGGUGUCACCUUUUCAGUCAUCUGAAAGCCACCGCCAGGAUUUCAAACGAGCCAUGGGAAAUGUUUUAUGAUGGUAACAAGAAAUACCGGACACCUGCUUCAAGGCCGUGUGAACUUUCUUUUAGAGUUUUCGCCUGCGAUGGGUUUCUGUAGAUUGGUUUGUAGAAUGAUCUUAUGUCGGUUUUGGCCAUUUUUUAAGCGCUAAAAUGUUUUACGUUGGCUUACAUAUAUGGUGUCAGAAGUGCGUUCCACAGGUUGACACAGUCUAAGGUACAAGUUCUCUAUAAACCUAACCUGGCAGUAAGAUUGACAACACAAACGGAAAAUGGAGUUCAGGUGACCAAGGAGGAUAAAAAAAAAAUGUUUUUACGGUAAACCGUAUGACCCGUUAGAACCAGUGGUCUUUUCUGCUGUAAGGAGUAGAUCUUAUUUUUUCAUAUUGAUGUGGAGUUGUUAUUCUUGCUUUGAAAGACAUAAAGUCAGAUCCCCUUUCGAGACUUCGGCCCGAGCCACAAUCGUUUGUCUCUUGAAUCGUCCCCCUUCAAAGUGUCACGAAACUUUGUGCCUAUCAGCCAGUGCAGCUCACCAAUAACCUCUACUGAGGCCUCAAAGGCUCUUCAUCGUUCUGGUUUUAUCAAAACUGCCUAAAGGUAUAGGGGGCUGAACGCCUCUACUGUGUCACUUGGUUUGUAAUCCUAUCUAGCAAGGUGCAAAGAAUUAUACCUUUGUCUUCAGUCCUUAUUGCAUUUUGAAACUACGCACUCAGGAUACAACAAAACCUCUUGCUUUGUAAUGGACUGUCUGGACCACAAUCUACUGUCUAAUUGAGGGGGCCAGCUCCAGUGAAGAUUGGCACCCAAAACAGGACCGGACCACACCCUUCUUUUCCUCUCAUGGACAUGUUUUUCUAUUCCCUCCCAUCUGGGUGCAUUUCUGCUCAGUUCCUUCAGUCGAUUGGGACUUCCUCUCACAGGAAAUAAUGUUGGAUUUAAUAAAUCUCAUAUUUGAGAUAAUACUGCUAACUUUGUUUGCGAAGUAUGACAAAAAUAAUCUAUAUGUUUAAUGUAUGAAUCUACUGCAAAUGAAACUAUUCAAGCAAAUAUCCUACUGGCCAGCUCCACUGCAAAUUAGUAGGUGUGAGAUGACACUUCAUGCUAAAUAUAGCAACCAGUCAGUUUGAAGCCUUGUUAUGGUUUGGUGUGUAUAUUCCUGUAUCAUUCUGAUGGGACCCUUCUAUUAUGUCCCUUGUCUGAUGGUUUGUGCCCCCAACCCAGAGUAUCGAUCGGAAUUCCUUUUACUAAGGCAUUUUCAAUCGAUAAUGGUAUUUGCAUUUAGGUGUUUUCAGGAAGUGAAGUAUGUAAAGUGUAGAAACUUCUAGAAUAAAUGUUGGCAAGGCCAUGGGCAUAAUUAAAAAUAAUAAUAAUAAAACAGGGAGAGCUCAUCGAUCUCAAUGAGUUAAGUAACAUUUGUAUUGAGGCCCAUUGCGUUAGAUGUCUCAGUAUCUCCUGACAUUCAAUCUAUGUCAUUUUUUUAUGAGAGAUACUAAAAUAUACUGCAUCUUUUCCUCAAGAUUGAAUAGGACUUGGGAUGGUGUAGAGUAGACCACAUUGCUUCUUAGCUAGCUACCAGCAAUGUACAGGGCUGCUAAAUCUAGCUGCCACAUAGAGCUGUUGCUCUACGACAGGGUUUCGCCAACACGGUCCUGGGCCCCUCCCCCCUUGGUGCACAUCAUGUUUUUUUGCCCUAGCACUACACAGCUGAUUUAAAUAACCAACUCAUCAAGCUUUGAUUACUUGAAUCAGCUGUGUAGUGCUGGGGCAAAAAAAUACGUGCCCCCAGGACCAUGUUUGGGGAAACCCUGGCCAUCCCACAAGGGUGCUCAACACUCUAAUGGCCAUUCAUUCUCAGUCAAGGGUAAGUGAAUGGUUUACACCUUUUUGAGUUGACAGAAGAUGUGGGACCCAUUUUAGGCCUUGACUUCCAGGCCAAGGCAUUAGUCCCAGGACUUUCACCACCAAGUUUAUGCAAGACUAUUUUCAUCUGACUUCAUCUCUGUUUUCAUUAUAUUGUGUUUGUAAAAAAAAAUAUAUAUAAUAAAAUAUACCAAUGGCUA